ACCUUUGGCUACACACAGCUACAGCAAGACGAGUAGUUUGCUGUUGACUUUUAUCCAGCGCGGUUGUUUACGCUGUCGUUCCGUAUAGCCAUUUGUUUGAAAUUUAUUAUUGCACCGGUUUCGUAUCCCCGAUUGAUACGGCUACUCAUCGUCUAGUGUUGACGCAAAUCACAGCUCCUAAUUUAUUAACCAUAAUUCAGCAGAAAGUUGUGGUGGCGUUGUGUGGGUUGAAACUUUAAAGGUGGUUGUAGUGUUUUACUCUGUUUUGUCGGGAUUUCGAGGCAAAAAAUUGGGUGCUAAUGAAACUCAAAAAGUAAAUUAUUGUAAUGCCGAUUUGAGAGGUGUGAAAUGAAAUUACAUAAAUAACACAAAAAUUGACAAGUGCAAGUGAGUGAAUUGAAACGCAAAAAAAAAGAAUCCAGAGAGAUUGCAAGGCGCACCAAUAAAACGCUAAUGUAAAAAACACUUUGUUUUAAUAAUCAAAAAAAAACCGACGGAAGUUUAUUUAAAAUAACAACAAAGAUUUGGAUAUUUGGUGAAAAAAUCACAAAACAGAAAAGCUACGAGCAACGGAUCACCAUUUAAAACAAUAUACACAACUUUUUUGGAUUUUAAUUUAAUACUGGUUCUUCAUUGUCGUUCAGCUGCCUGGCAAUCGUUCGUUCGUUCGUUCGUUUGGCAUUGACAACAUCUUGUGCCCAUACAGAUUAUGGGCAUAUCAGAAGAAGUCAAACUGGAGGAAUUACCGCACGAAGCCAAACUAGCUCACCAGGAUGCUGUUCCCGAUCGUUCGGUUUCCUGUAUUGUAGCUACUGGGGCCAGUGGCGGUACCAAUAGUCCUGUGUCCGAUGCCAAUAGCGAUGGCGAGCUGGACGACUAUGCGCCGAAGCGUAAACAGCGUCGAUAUCGCACAACGUUUACCAGUUUCCAAUUGGAAGAGUUGGAGAAGGCAUUUUCCCGUACCCAUUAUCCGGAUGUGUUUACAAGAGAGGAGCUGGCCAUGAAAAUUGGUCUAACGGAAGCCCGGAUUCAGGUUUGGUUCCAGAAUCGUCGAGCCAAAUGGCGUAAACAAGAAAAGGUGGGUCCCCAGUCCCACCCCUAUAAUCCUUAUUUGCCCAGCGGUCCUGGAACAAUACAGACGGUAGUCGGUUCCGCCCUGCCUCCGAAUCCAUUCACACAUUUGGGCUUUGCCAAUUUACGGAAGCCCUUCGAUGCCCAUGCCAAUAUUGCCGCCUUCCGCUAUCCUCAUUUAGCGGCGGCGCCCAUGAUGUCGGGCUACUUUAAUCAGUUUCAGAGAGCACCGCCACACAUGUUGCCGCCGGGAAUGGCAUCCAUGUAUUCACCAUCAACAUCAUUUCAAUCGCUAUUGGCUAAUAUGACGGCCAUGCCCAGACCACCACAGAUAGCUGCCAAGCCACCCAUGUUAAUUGGUUCGCCGGAUUUACACUCUCCCAAUCAUUUGAUUGCCUCUCCUCCCACAUCACCAUCGUCGGUAACCUCACAACCGGGUUCAACAGUUGCUGUCGCCGUCUCGCAACAUUCACCAGUGGUGGGGCUUUCGUUAGUUCACUCAUCAAUGCCGCCGGCAGUGCAGGCACCACCACCACCCAAUGUACCUCAGUCGAAUGUGGUGAUGUCGCAUCAUUCGCCCCAGCAUCAAUCCAACGCCGGUGCGGCAACAACCAAUGUCAUACGUUCUGGAACACCACCGGAAGAUCGACGUUCCUCAUCAAUUGCUGCCUUGCGACUGAAAGCCCGAGAACAUGAACUGAAAUUGGAAAUGUUGCGUCAAAACGGUCACAACGAUGUGCUUAGCUAAUGUCGGCAUUCCUUCGCCUUGAGAUGUGCCCUUCCAGAAUAAAUGCAGCGUUGGUCACGUGGUGUAGUGAACCCCCCCAAACCAGUGUUGGUUAGAAACUUGAUGUUCGAUGCUGGUUAAGGACAUAACCUUAGCCGUAGUUGUUGCUAAUAUUAGUAAUUAACAUUUUCAGUAUACGUUUCUAGGUCCCAACGUGCCGGGCAUACAGACACCUUAAGACCACAAACACAACCCCAAGACCCACCAUAGUUAAGUCGUUUUCAUAGCUAGAUAGUCAUAGUAUUUGGAAUUGUAUUACGUAUGUAUGUGUUUUACUUUUUAUACCCUACACCACAUAGUGG